AUGACACGAAAAUCGGUGCCCGAAAUUCUCUCGGAACCGCAAAAGUUCAGCCGAAAAACGCCUCAACCCCCGAAACAAAAAAUACCGUUGUGUGCCGAUCUCGUUGAUCCAAUUAUUGAGCAGAUUGAAAAGAAUCACUAUAACUCAACAUCGUAUUGGGGAGCAACUAAAGGAACCAGAUCUCGCACGCGUGCUGAAGGCAAUUCAUUAAAAAGACCAAUGGAGCCAAAUGCUUCAACCAGUGAGAAAUGGGAUAAGACAGUUAAAACUGAGCAAAAUGAAGAGAGUGGCAAUCAAGUUGCACCAAAGGGUGCGCCUAAUAAUAAAAUGAAUAAUUCGACUUCUAUAACUACAACUACUCACCCACAAAUAUCCAUUGGAUUCAAAAAGAAUUACUUACCAGCGCCCUAUCCAAUGCAUAGGCUGACAAAGGAAAAACCGAUACCUCAGAGGAGGAUGCCAAUGUACAGAAAAGUUGUUAUAAAGCCGAACGGAACUGCAUUACCGGCCAACUACAAGCAAAUGCUUACUCGAAAAAUAGUCAAAACAACUGAUGGAAAGGCGGCAUCUGAAUAUAAUGUGACGCUGGUCAAAGAGGAACCACGAAAUUUGAAUUGCGACAAGAUGAUCCCAAUGCCGACGUAUCCCGCAUAUGUGUAUGGAAAGCAACAUAAAUACCAGACUAGGGCGUCCACGCGUAAUGACAAUCUCCUGCCCGUGGCGACGCGCGUGGUUCCGUCAACUUCUUAUCACACGUCAAGUGCCACGGCGCCGUCGCCGUCGCCGAGGCUGUUCAAUCCGAACGCCGCAUUGCAACAUUUCAAACGUCCUAUCUGUACGAUUGGAAACGAGGUGCGUCGUGCAGUUCAGAUACCUGAGAACAAGAAGCGCGAUUUUCUGGCGACUAGAGACGAGUAUUAUCCCCAGAUCAAGCAACAAAAUAGACGCAGCGGUGAAAUGGAAGCAUUUGCGCUUAGCGCGGAAAAUAAAAUGCUGAGCAUGGAAACGAAUUCUCUUAGCGCGGAAAAUAUCAAACUGGAGCCGGUUGAUGAUGCUCAAAAGUACUCACUCAAGAAUUCGUCCGCUCCCGCUUCCUGCCAGCAUCCAAAGGAACUCGUUGAGCCGAAAAAAGAAUAUGAAGUCAAGCAGGAAGAUACAAAUUCCGAAUGUGCCUCUAGAGAACAGCUCAACUCACCUCCCAAGAAGAAAUUGGCUCCGCAGAGAAAUAUAUCAGUGUUAAACAGACGCACGGUUCCACAAGACACAUCAAUUCGGCAAAAUAAGCGGGUUUACCCGUCUAAUCAGAAUAAUGAUAGCACGAUUGCCCAGAAACGGCAGGCUCAACAGACGGCAACAACAAAAAAUCAAGAAAUGGAAGUGGAAGUCAAGCAAGAACCCAUGGAUUCAGUUUCUUGCUCUGAGGUCUCUCAACUUCCUGUUACUCGAAACACCAAUGCACUAAAGAAAAACUUGGCAGCACCGAUGACUUUGAGAAGAAGAAGCCAGCCGAUUACGGAGGUCGAAAUCAAGAAAAAAGUAGACUCAAAUCACACACAUGAAACAUCGGUCAAAGAAGCUUCGCAAUUCAACCCACUUGCGAAGAAAAAUUCGGUUGAGCAACACCACAUGGCAUCACGGAAAAAUCAGACAAAAUCUUCAAUAAUGGAGGUUGAAGUCAAGCAGGAAGUGAAUGAUUAUGUUGAAGUCAUCCCAUCGAAUUUGGUGUCGCAGUUUAGCUCACCACCAAUGAACAAUUUUGGUCAGAAAAGCAACUUGAACCACAAGCAAACACAGCACAGCAAUUUGCCUCCACAGAAUAAUUCUACUAAAGCGUCGAUAAAAGAAAUUGAAGUGAAGCAAGAAAUUGAUGAUACAGAUCAUUAUUUCAAAGUCCCGCAAUCAAACUUGAGCACUCAUCUCAGUUCAUCUCCGAAGAAGCACAUGGUUCCACAGAACAACUCAUCUCGUCAGAAUGGCGUUGCCAAAAUAACGAAAAAUGAUACUGAAGUCAAACAAGAGACUCUGGAUAUGGAUUCGUACUUUGAAGUCUCGCAAGUGAAUUCGGAGUCUCAGCUCGACUCUUAUACAAGCAUUAGUACAACUCACAAUGGCGCUUCGCAGACUAGUCUAAAUAAUCAGAGUAGCAUGCCACAAAAAGAAUUGGAUCUCCCACCAAAUAGGAAAGGACCUUUUCAUGAAAUGCGUCUGUUCAAAUCUUUUGAAGACAAGAAUCCUUACGAGCAAAGCUUUUCUGAAGAACAACCGGAGCUGGCCAAAAAACUUGCGAAACUUUUUAAUAGAGAGCUUAUCAUCAAGCAAAAACAAGAGGAAUGCCAUACACCUUCAAGUAUCAGUGAUGAAGAAGAUUUUAUGGAUAUUGAAGAGCCUAGCAAACCUCGUGGACCUAUGCGAACUGUCCAUGUCAACUUUAGCGGAAUACCAACUGAAGUUCCUGAAAUAAUCAAGUGUCAUCUAUGCAAUUUCGAUAUGAGAAUUUGUAUCAGAAAAUCAAAAUACAAGGGUGAAAUUCGGGAGUAUCCAGCAUACCGAUGCCUCCGCAAAGGCUGUCAAACGUUUCGUGCCAUACGCAAGAUUAUCGAGCCCAGUGUUUUUGAUCAACAGAACUGGAAUAACGUUUGUCUCAACAUCAACGCAAAUGGCAGUGUUCCAGCGUCCGGACUAUUUUCGCGAAGGUCGACACUUAGUGUCGAUCUUCGUUCAGUGCAGAAGCAUGAUAACCAUCAUGAUGAACCGUCAUCGUCAUCGUCAUCGUCUGAAAAACGUUCUUUGACCCUUCACGACAUCUUAAAUGAUAUUGGACCAAACAAGGAAUUGGAAGACGAAGAGGAAGAAGACGUCCAAUGGUGUGAUAUCAAAACACGCGGAAGCUACAGGGAUGUAUAUGUGGAGCAGGGAAUCGUGAACAGUCAGGAUGAUACAACGGAAAUUAUUCACUUCGAUUUCGAGCCAAUAAAUAUGACAAUUAUCCGAACGAUUCCCGUGUUUCUCGCGCGGGUUAUCCAAACAAUAGUCGUCUUUUUCCGAAAUUUGUGUAAUCGAAACAAGAAAAACCGAAGAAUGGAUAUGGACGAGGUUCCGUUCGAAGUUGUUGUUGAUGGAGCUGGACAGAAAACCGAUGAGCGCGAAUUGCUGCUCCAAUCAAAUGGUGACUCGUGGGAUAAUGAUGAUUGGGACAAAAAAGAGGAAAUCAGUGAGAAGAUUGAACAGUGGAGACAGAAGCCGGAGCCUCAGCAGCAGCCACCCGACGAUGAUCUCUUCAGCAAUCUGGCCCCAACUAUCACAAGCGCAAGAAAGAUAAUUGUCAAGCCACGCACCAGUCAGCAUGCGAAAGUGCAGAAGCGAAAUCUUUUUGAAAUGUCCGAGGAUACUGUGUACAAGUGA